GGCGCGGGUACCGGACCUGAGAGAGCGCAGAGGAUCUACUCAUCCUUCAUUCUACUGCUGCUCAUGUUCACCCCCAGUGUGGACUCGUCCUGGUGGUACAUUGGUGCACUUGGUGCCCGGGUCAUAUGUGACAACAUUCCAGGUCUGGUCAACAAGCAGCGACAGUUGUGCCAGAGACACCCAGACCUGAUGCAAUCAAUUGGAGAUGGAGCCAAAGAGUGGAUUCAGGAGUGUCAGCACCAGUUCCAGCACCAUAGGUGGAACUGCAGCACCCUGGAACGUGACCACACUGUCUUUGGUCGUGUCAUGCUCCGCAGCAGCCGUGAGGCAGCAUUUGUGUAUGCAAUCUCCUCUGCUGGUGUUGUGUAUGCCAUCACCAAAGCCUGCAGCCAGGGGGAGCUCAAGAUGUGCACCUGUGACACCCAGAAGAGAGGACGAGCUAGUGAUGAAAUGGGCGACUUCGACUGGGGUGGCUGCAGCGACAAUGUCAACUACGGCAUUAGGUUUGCUAAGGCGUUUGUGGAUGCCAGGGAGAGGAUGGUCAAAGAUGCCCGAGCACUCAUGAACCUUCACAACAACCGCUGUGGACGAAUGGCAGUGAAGCGCUUCAUGAAGCUAGAAUGCAAGUGUCAUGGAGUCAGUGGUUCCUGCACUUUGCGGACAUGUUGGCUUGCUAUGUCUGAUUUUCGUCGCACCGGAGACUACCUGAGGAAAAAGUACAACACAGCAGUGGAGGUCACGAUGAACCAGGAUGGUACAGGGUUUAUGGCUGCAGACAAGAACUUUAAAGGAACAACCAAGAAUGAGCUGGUGUUUGUAGAAAACUCACCAGACUAUUGCCUUCUGGAUCGCACAGCAGGUUCUCUGGGCACAGCAGGGAGGGUGUGUAAUAAAUCUUCCAAGGGCAUGGAUGGCUGUGAAGUCAUGUGCUGUGGGCGCGGAUAUGACACCACGCGGGUUAGACGGGUCACCAAGUGCGAGUGCAAAUUCAAGUGGUGCUGUGCAGUGGAGUGCAGAGACUGUGAGGAUACCGUGGACAUCCACACCUGCAAACCACACAAGCGUCCCGACUGGCUGGAUCUUACCUGA